AUGGUCACAUCCGUCAAUGAAAUGACAUUUGGGGUUUGUACCAGAGAGAAUUGCGGUCAGACACGCCUUGUAGAAGCUCCAAUUAGGCCAACCGAUGGAAAUAGUGCAAGCCCCUCAUCAUCUGUGUAUCGAUGUUCGAAUAAUCCACCUCCUUUCAACGGAUUCAAUCCGGAUUUACCCGGAGCACGGGCAACGUUCAACCCAUCGGCGACAAGUCAGAACACUCAAUCUUCCGCUACUGCGACAUUAGCCAGAAUGGAGGAAAAUUCUCGUCGAGCUCCAUCUUAUACUAACUACAAAUGCGAAUCUGCUUCCAGAACUACGACUCGACGACAAACUGAAAUUGAUCAACAGUCUACCACGAGGCCAUAUGCUAUCCAACCUUGGGAUAGGACUGAUCCCCAAACUUCUGCUCAAGCUGGUACCUCAGAAAGUGACACGGCUCGAUUUGCCGAAAUAGACGGCUCUAUCGUUUAUCAAGCUCAUUAUGAGCCUGUUAGAUAUCCCGAUAAUCGCAAUCCUUUUAGUCUCGAUGGAAGUGUCUGGCAAGAUCCACCCACCUAUCAUGACCAGCAGAAAGAGUAA